AUGGUCAACGUCUUCAACGUCCAAAUCUUUUUUAUCGUGUUUAGAGAAACCUUGGAAGCCGUCAUUGUUGUGUCGGUGCUUCUUGCCUUUUUGAAACAAGGUUUAGGUAAAUCAACCGAUGAUCCAAAAGUAUACAAGAAAUUGAAACGACAAAUUUGGUUUGGGGCAAUUCUAGGAGUGGUGAUUUGUUUGAUCAUUGGUUGUGCUUUCAUCGGUGCCUUUUACGGUUUGGGUAAAGAUAUUUGGGGUCAAUCAGAAGAUUUAUGGGAAGGUAUUUUUUGUAUUAUUGCCACUGUUUUGAUUUCAUUGAUGGGUAUCCCAAUGUUGAGAAUCAACAAGAUGAAGGAAAAAUGGAGAGUCAAAUUGGCUCAAGCAUUGGUUAAGCAACCCAAACCUGAAGAUGGUCGCAAGGUUUCUAUUUGGGAAAGAUUGAGAUUGAACAACUUUAUUCAACGUUAUGCUUUGUUCAUCUUGCCAUUCAUUACUUGUUUGAGAGAAGGGUUGGAAGCAGUUGUUUUCGUUGGUGGUGUUGGUUUGGAUAAGCCAGCUACAAGUUUCCCCAUUCCAGUUAUCGUUGGUUUGAUUGCUGGUGUUGCCGUUGGUACCUUGUUGUACUACUUCGGAUCCAACUUGUCAAUGCAAAUCUUUUUGAUCAUUUCUACUGGUAUUUUGUAUUUGAUUGCUGCUGGUUUAUUCUCAAGAGGUAUUUGGUAUUUCGAAACUUACAAGUAUAACCAAGCCACUGGUGGUGACGCUUCUGAAAAUGGAUCAGGACCAGGUACUUAUGAUAUUGCCAAGUCAGUGUGGCAUGUCAAUUGUUGUAACCCAGAAACUGAUAACGGUUGGGAUGUGUUUAAUGCCUUGUUGGGAUGGCAAAAUUCUGCCACUUACGGUUCAGUCAUUGGUUACAAUGUUUAUUGGAUUGCCGUCAUAUGUGUCUUAUUGUUGAUGCUUUAUGAAGAAAAGUACGGACACUUGCCCUUGACUAAGAACUUGACCUUGGUUAAGUUAAAUCCAAUGUACCAUAUUAAGGGUAAGAAGAAGUAUGAGAUGUCAGCUGAAGAGAAAGAGAAGUUGUUUGCUCAAGUCAAAUUAGAGGGAUUUAAUAAUGGUAAUGGUAAUGGUGUUUCUGAUGAAGGGUCUGAGAAGUUGAUGGAAACUAAAUAG